AUGAUAAUUAUUUUUAAUUUACGAUUGAUUAAUACAAAUUAUACUUAUUUUUACUUUAUGAUUAAUAACAAUAUUUAAAUGUUAAGUAUAUUAAUAAGAAACAAUAAUUUAUAUGUAAAAAAAUAUAAAGAAAUAAAUUAAUUUUAAACAAUUGAGAAGAAAAAAAUGUCUAAGAAAAAUCAACUAUCAUCUUCAAAUAUUAUAGAUGAAGACUCAUUGGUGGAUGCUAGAAAUAUUUCAAACGCAAUAUAAUUCCCUAACUAAUCGCAUAUAAGUAAAACAGUUAGCGAAUAUGAGGGAUUUACUUUUUAAAAAGGAUCGAAAAUAAAAAUAGUAACAGAAAAUAGCGAAAGUUAGUCGAAAGAAAAGUUAUCAAAAUCUCGAAGAAAGUAUAAUCAAAAAGUGGAAAACAAAUAGAAAUAGUCUUUAUCGCAUCUAAAUUUAGAUAGGUCAUCCAGCUCUUCAAGGAGCAAUUCAGAAAGUAUGAGAAAUACAAUUAGGAGGAUUGAAUUAAUUCUUAGUGAAUUAAGAGAUUAAUUUAACUUAUUUUAAUAAAACUUUAAUAGUUUUAUCAUUAAAUAAGGCCAGUUUAAUGAAGUUUUGUAGCAAAAUUUGAAUUAAACUAAUUAAUCGAUUGUAAACCUACAAAAAUAAGUAAAUGAAAAAUUGGAAGUUAAUUACACUAUGUAAAAGGAUGUUGCUUAAUUCACUCUAAAAGGUAUUGAUAUUUCACAAAAUUAAAGAUUAGUUAAAAAUCUGAUAACUGUUGAAUAAAAAGACUAAUCACAUAAUUUAAGAAGUUCUUCAAUGAAAAAAAAAAUUAUUAAAUAUUGA